AUGAGAUAGAAAAGUAAGAUCAUUUAAUUAAUUAAAGCAAAAGAUCGUCCAUAUCCUUUUCCAAAUAUUCCUACAGUGUUACUACAAACUGCAACCUCAAAAUCUUUAAAGUAGCUAAAUUGGCAAGAUAAAAGAUCUGGCCCUCCAAAGUGCUCUAAUUCCUAUGAUCUUUGCGCAAUUUUUAUGAUACAGCAUCUAUAAAUGUGA